CAAAAAAAUAAACAAAGGAACGGAGCUGAUCAGUUGAAGCAGUCAAUUAGGUCGACGAUUCCAACGCAGUCGUGGUAAUAUCCAGGCCACUAGACCGGCUGAUGUUCCUCCCUCGCCUAUUCCUCCAAAUUUGAACUCGUCAAGAUCGCGAACCUUCAGUUCAUCCUCUUUUUUAUUGUUAUUAUUUUUGUCUUCUUUUUCUUUCGAUGUUCCGUUCCGAUUCGUCCCCUGUUCUGAGAGCGAUUCAAACGUGGAAUUGAGAAGUAACGAAGGAGGGUUGAAAGGUGUCUCCUUUAAAAUCUGUGCUUGAGUUUCUUCUUUGAUGGCCGAGACGAGGUGGAGAUGAGGUGCGCGCGGCAUCCUUUCGAGGACGGCAUCGGCGUCUGCGCCACCUGCCUCCGUGAGCGCCUCCUCGUCCUCCGCGCCUCCGUAGCCGGGGGGACUUCACCCUUCGCGUCCCCUUCUCCGGCGCCCCUCUCCUUCCGCCGCUCUGCCUCCCCCCGCGUCCCGGCGGCCUCCGAGAAAUUAAAAUCCGCUAAGCCCUCCAUCCUCACCAGCCUCUUCGGCCGAGGCCUCGAGAGGAAGCCCCGGCGGUCGAGCUCUUGGAUCUCGGCGCUUCUCCACGGCGGUCGCCCGGAGAAGAUCAAGAAUACCUCCCGCCCGUUCUCGUUGACCUCGAACCGGGGCAUGUCUCCUGAGAAUAGGCGCGAACCGCCCCUGCCGCGACAGAGUAACAUCUCGCCGACGAGGUCGGCGACGGCCGAGCACCACCGGCACUGCCACUCCGGCGGACUCUCCGGUUUCGCCAUAUGCUUCAGCCCGCUGGCGACGGCGAACCACCCCAACAACAACCGACGCUCCCGGGUGUCGGAGUUCGGCUUCUCCGGAGAGCUGCAGAGGGCCGCGGCGGAGGUCCAACGGCGUCCGCGCCGGCAGCUGCGGCGCGCGACCGCGACCGCGCCGGCGCUGGGGCACGACCGUUCGCGCAAACUGGUAGAUCUCGGUAAGUUCAGUUGAAUGCACUUUCCAAGAUUGUUGUUAGUUCGAUCACCUUUUGAUAUUGUACUCGCAGUCUCAAAACAUAAUCUCUCUCUCUCUCUCUCUCUCUCUCUCUCUCUCUCUCUCUCUGUGAAUGAUCACUUUUGGUGGAUUGGAUUCUCUUAUUUUUGUCGUUGGCCAAUUUUAAUUUCAUA